AUGGGCACGUCAAUCAUCAACAUCCAGCGCGAUAUUAUCCUGAAUACAAUUCGUUAUGCAGGAGGCGACGAGUGGAAAGUUUUGGUCGUGGAUGAGACCAGUCGGAAGUUGAUCUACAAUGCGACGACUGAAGAUGACAUUCUCAACCUCAAUGUCACCAAUGUGGAACAGAUCGAGCACCGGCGAGAGACAAACCCAGAAAUGGAUGCGCUUUAUAUCCUAUCGCCCAUGACGCAUAUUGUCGAUUGUCUGAUGGCCGACUUUGAGAUGAAGAGAUACAGAAAAGCAAGAUUGGUGUGGACUUCAGUCCUCGAUCCCCAACAACGAGUUCGGCUGGAACGAUCUCAAAUGGCGCAAGAACAGAUCGCGGAGUUCCGGGUUAUGAAUAUCAAUUUCUAUCCCAAAGAAUCGCACGUGGUGACGUUUCGGGAUCCUUGGAGCUUUCCGGUCUUGUUCCACCCCGGCUGUAACCAUUUGAUUCGGAACCAUUUAGAAGAACUUGCGCAAAAGGUCGUAUCUCUCUGUGGCUCUCUAGGCGAGUAUCCUGUGAUCCGAUACUAUCGGCCCCGAGUACCCACACACGAAGCCAGCGUUCUGUGCUCCCAUCUAGCGCGGUUUAUUCAAAAUGAGCUGGACCAAUUCGCGCAAUCUCAACGGGGAUACCCACCACAGUCGUCGAGGCCGCGCGGUGUGCUUCUUGUGGUGGAUCGUUCUAUGGAUGUGUAUUCGCCCCUUCUGCACGAGUUCACCUACCAGGCCAUGGUGCACGACCUGCUGCCGGUUCAAGACGGGGAUAAGGUCACAUACAAGACAGUUAUCAAUGAGGGGUCCGCUAAGCAAGAACACAAGGAGAUGGAAAUCAGCGACAAUGACAAAGUCUGGGUUGACUAUCGCCAUCUCCACAUGAAGGAUGUGCUUGAGAGGUUGGGCGAAGACUUUGCCAAGUUCAGGAGAGCCAAUCCUCAAUUUGCGGAAGAAGACGACAAGGCCACCGUCAAUACUAUCAAGGACAUGCUAGCUGGUCUUUCAGAAUUCCAGCAGGGCAGAGACGCAUAUACGCUUCACCUGAACAUGGCGCAGGAGUGUAUGAAGCACUUCCAGGUCCAUAAACUCAUCGAAGUCAGUUCCGUUGAGCAGUGUUUUGCGACAGGACUUGAUGAGAAUUACAAAAAGGCCAAGAACCUGGCUGCACAGUUGGUGCAGUUGCUCGAUGACGAGGCAGUCAUGCGUUCAGACCGAUUGAGACUUCUGUUGCUUUACAUUAUAUACAGAGGGGGCUUGCUUGGGGGGGACAUCAGAAAACUGAUGGCGCAUGCGCAGCUUUCACCACAUGAUGGAGAAGUUCUUUACAACAUCGGUUUGCUUGGAGCGCGGGCGGAAAAGCCGCUCAAGGAUGAGAGGCCACUGAUACAGCCAUUGUUCCAACGGAAACCCCCAGCUCCUGCCGAAGCUGACGAAACCAGCUUGUCUCGGUAUGAGCUUAACGUGAAACUGAUGCUGGAAGAGCAAAUCCGUGGAACCUUGGACGCAACUGUUUUCCCGUUCACCCGCCCGCCAACAGACGCUGAGGGCAUUGCGUCUCAACACACAGAGACUUUUUCGUCAUCGCAGGCGUCCCUGCGAAGCGCGAAACCGACUUGGGCCCGAACUCGCUCCUCAGCCGAUCAGCCCAAACAGCGCAUUAUCGUCUUGAUGGCUGGCGGUGCCACCCAUGGCGAAGCCCGGGCGUGCUACGAGGCUUCCCAGGCAUUCAACAGAGAUGUCUUCCUGGCAACAUCUCACAUGCUCAGUCCCGGUCUAUUCCUGCGUCAGCUGGGAGACCUGAGCGUCGACCGAAGACGCCUGGAUAUUCCCUCAGAGAGACCCAAGCCUACUGCACCGGCUCAUCUGUUCGAGAAGGAGGCCCCUCCGCCGCAGCCACAGCCACAGCCACAGCAACCGAUUGCGAAGAAGCCGGCGCCCAAGCUCAACCCACCGGUGUCCAACGCAGUGGCUAUGGGGAAGUUGUCUCUGGAGGAUGCGCAGGGUGGAACGCCUCCUCCGGGCACGGACAAACAUGACAAGCACGAUAAACACGACAAGCACAAGGAAAAGAAGGAGAAGAAAGAGAAGAAGGAAAAGAAAUUCCACUUCUUCCGGUAG